AUGACAAGAUUAUCGAGUGUGGUGUACAUAUGCAGCAGCGAAGUGGACAACUCUGAAACUGAGACUAGCAGCAGCAGCAAAAUGGACAACUUUGAAACUGAGAGUAGUCGCAGCGAAGUGGACUACUAUGGAACUGGAGGCAACAACAACCGCCUCAUAGAUGGAGAUGGAGACUACGAAGCAGAAGCUUUUAUGGUCUCUCAAGGUGAAAACAUCAAAACAACUAAUCAUACAAGUUGUUGGAGUUGGCUUGAGAAGCUUGGUCUGAAGAAGAAAAAGAUGAAUAAGACAGAGCAUACUUCUCAUGGAAUCUCAUGA